CGUGUCAGCCCGCAAAAUUGCAUACGCCGUCCUCGCCCACCUCUGCCUUUUGACCCCGUAAACUUAGCGAUUCGGCAACCGGCUCGAUCUCCGUGCGACUCCACACCUCCGAACCGGAAUCCCGCCACACCGACCCAAACCCUAGCGCGUACCCACCUCCCAUCCCCGCCCCUAUCUCCGGCGAGCGGGCGACGGAGAUGCGGGCGCUGCUCGCGGAGGGCGCGAUGGCGCUGGCGGUAGCGCCGGAGGCCAACUCGUCGUCGGGCGGAGCUGCGGCGUCGCCGGCGGGGCCGCUGUGGUGGGUAUCGGAGUGCCAUGGGGUGUGGUACAGCCUGGCGGUGAUGCUGCCGUCGCUGGCCUUCGUGGGGUUUCUAGCCUGGCAGGCGCGGCGGAGCUUCCGCAGGCUCAGCUACGGCCGGUCUCACGUCGUUGUGGUCGCAUACUACGCGCUCCUCUGGGCUGUCGCCGUGCUCAACCUCCUCUGGUGCUUCCUGCAGGCAUGGCAAUGUAUGCCUGACAGGGCAUUCUCAUGGAAUAUACUGUCACUGUUUACAAAAUCAGGAAUGCUAUUCUUGGAAGUCAGUCUCAUAGCAUUUCUACUUCAAGGAAAUGAUGCCAGUGGUUUUGAGUCUUUGGCGCGAACCUUUGUUAUCUCUGGAGCUGUAGUUGCUGCUGAUGUAUUGCUCAAGACUAUAUAUGUUUUUGGCUUCGGUGUUCCUUUGUUCAUUGAUGGUGGUCAAGGAACUGGUGGGAAAUGGGGCCUAUGGAUUCUCCACAAACUGGUGCUUACUGGAGUCUAUGGCCUGAUUGUUUUCAUGCAUCACUCAAGAUGGAGAGACAGGCUACCUGCAAAACCAGCAUACUACAACUACGUAUGUGCGAUGUUGCUACUGAAUGGCAUAUCACUGUUUGGAUGUUUCCUUGUUGCAAGUGGAGCUGGAUUUGGUUUAUGGCUAUAUAAUCUCACAACCGUAUGCUAUCAUUCUCUUUACCUUCCUCUCCUGUAUGCGACUUUCUUAGCAGACUUCUUCCAGGAGGAGGACAUGCUACUAGAGAAUGUCUACUAUUCUGAAAUGAAAGAUGCUGGGUUCUUUGAUGCUGACUGGGAUUAAUCUUCAGCUACCACGCUGUAACGCUGUAUGAUUGUUCUCAUGUGAACUGCACGCUGUAUUUGUUUUUAAUCUCUGUACUCAGCGUUUGACAGAAAAUGUAUGUAGCUAACCAUGGUGAUGAAUGAAAAUAUGUAAAUCUUACUGCUGCAUACUUCCAAC